AACAACGAAAUAUGAUCUUAAAUGUCCUGAUGAAAAGCAUUGCAAACUUAAGAGAUCUACAAGCGAAUCACUACUAAUUACUUCUAAUGAUAAUGGAUAUACAGAUAUUAGGUGUAUCAUUUUAUGGAUGCAC